AAAGUUUGGCGAUUUCCAUACCUGUGCUUCAAGAAUGGUGGAGGAGCGUUUCUCAUUCCAUACGUUAUAAUGUUAGCCGUUGGAGGGAUUCCGCUAUUUUUCAUGGAAUUAGCGUUAGGCCAAUACCACCGCAAAGGGGCCAUCACUUGCUGGGGCAGAAUUGUGCCUCUUUUUAAAGGUGUUGGUUAUGCAGUAGUUUUGAUAGCAUUUUAUGUAGACUUUUACUAUAACGUGAUCAUCGGCACCCGCAACGUAAAGAAGGACAGUAGUAAGGGACAGUUGUAUACUACCAUUGAAGGGCCCCUCCUAAACAACCUAAACAAGAAACGAAAGUCUCCGGCACUCGAGUACUUC